AACCGCAGCCGCUGGCAAGCCAGUCGGACCACCACCCUCGUACUUGGUCGCGCAGAGGGCCAACCUAUCGUGUCUGGCAGAACGAUCAGCCAUACGGAGCACUCCAGGAGCAGCCGGGCUCGAGACCCCCAAAUACGGCCAUCAGUGAUGCAUUCCGAGAUAACCCGAGAUGUUGCAGUUUUCCUGCUUUUGACGGGGCCCUGCGAGAAGGAUGGCUUGGACAAUUUGGAGCGGCAGUGCAAGUUGGCUCGGUGAACCCAAAGCGGACAAGACCGGAGAGGAAACGUCGGGAGAAACCGGGGUGAGUCUCCGCCGGUCAGGUGACAGCGGCAGGUCAAAGAAUGGGAUAAUAACGAUAAUUGGGGUUGUUGAGGUCAGUGGUGACACUGCAUGGCCGAAAGGAUGCAUGUGUAAGUCAGUAAUUUAUUGGAGAUGGACGAUGUUUGGACAGUCGGCGAGUGUGUUGGGCAUCAUCAUGAAUGGGAUGGAGAGGGUAUUCCGUGUUGUGAUCGGCCCAUUGAACCCAUGGCUGACGGGAUAUCAGAUUGAUUGUAUUAUUAUUAUUAUUAUUAUUGCCAGACUGGAGAAGACAGUUAGUAGGUGAGCAGUGGACUCGUAUGCCAUUUCGGUUAGUCCUGAGGUUAGAAAAACAGCCAACCUGCUCCAAAUCGGCCAGGCUUAAUAUGGACUCUAGGACGCAUUUAAGAGAAUUGGAGAUUACAUCCACUUUUCACCUCUUAUCGAC